CGGGAAGAAAGGGUGGGACUUCCGGCUGCGGCUCUUCGGUCAGCAACCGAUACGGCGUGGAGUGAUAGGCGGACUGUGGUUGUUUGCGGAGCGGAUCUCUGGGCAGCGCUUCGCGGCCGAAUCCUGCGUCCUCUUGGGGUCCCUGCGAUUUGCACCGGUGGGAAACAUCCUGUCUGCACUCCUGGGCUUUUCUUAUAUGCCUAUUUUCCUCAAAAUGAGUGUUACCUUCUUAAGACCUUUUGCCAGAGUUUUGGUGCCAUUUACCCUUCAUAGGAAGAGAAGGGUUUUAUGUUCAACUGUUCUGCAGAGACACAUGUCUUCCAAAAUACCAGCUGCAUCCUACCCUAAUAAGGAGAGUACAUCACCUCCUGAACAGCUGGAGUUGGAUGGGUGGAAAAUUACAAUGAAAUCUAGCGCUCAAGAAGAGGGUGUUUCAACAGUUUUGAGUAGCAAGGAUGAAGAUCCUCUAGCUGCCACCAAGGAGCUAAUUGAGAUGUGGAGACUACUUGGCAGAGACGUACCAGAACACAUCAGUGAAGAAGAGCUCAAAACCAUUAUGGAAUGUGUUUCUAAAUCAUCCAAAAGAAAAUAUUUAAAAUAUUUAUAUAUUCGGGAAAAAAUGAAAAAAGUCAAGCAAAUAAAAAAGGAAAUGAAAAUAGCAGCAAAAGAACAAGUAAAGAAAGAUCAGCUACCAGAAACCACUAAGGAAGAUAAACAGCAAAACUUUCUAUUUCUCCGACUUUGGGAUAGGAAUAUGGACAUUGCAAUGGGCUGGAAGGGUGCCCAGGCCAUGCAGUUUGGACAACCUCUGGUUUUUGACAUGGCUUAUGAUGACUGUAUGAAACCAAAAGAACUGCAGAAUGCUGUUUCUCAACUUUUAGAAAGUGAGGGAUGGAACAGGAGAAAUGUCGAUCCUUUCCAUAUUUAUUUUUGCAAUCUUAAAACAGGUGGUGCUUACCAUAGAGAGUUAGUUAAACGUUAUGGAGAAAAGUGGAACAAAUUGCUUUUAACAGCAACAGAAAUGUCUCAUGUAGAUUUAUUUCCAAAGGAUAAUAUGAUAUAUUUAACUGCAGAUUCUCCCAAUGUUAUGACUACUUUCAAGCAUGACAAGAUUUAUAUAGUGGGAUCUUUGGUUGAUAAGAAUAUGCAGCCAGGCAUAUCCCUAGCCAAGGCAAAACGGCUGAAGCUGGCAACAGAAUGCCUUCCACUAGAUAAAUAUUUACAGUGGGACACUGGUACGAAAAAUCUCACCUUAGAUCAAAUGAUACGUAUUUUGUUAUGUCUGAAAAACACUGGUAAUUGGGAAGAGGCUCUGAAGUUUGUUCCUAGGAGAAAACAUACUGGUUAUCUGGAGAUUUCUCAGCAUUCUCAAGAGUUUAUUAACAGACUGAAGAAGUCAAAGACUUUUAAUUCAUUUCCAAGAAGCUCUGUAAAUAGACGCUCACAGAAAAGUUAGCUUGAAUUAGAAUAAUUCAUUAUAAUCCAGUUCUAUUAGUCUAUUUCAUCCUGAAUGGAAUUCACUUGCUCUUUCUUUUAAAGGUUGUUUUUCCAAACUAACUGAAAUACUGUCUUUCUCCGAUUAAUUAAAUAUCUACAAAACUUUGGAACUAUAUUUUGUUUACUAUAAAAGGAAACAAUAGUAUUAAAAAGUAAAAAGAGUUGUCCACAUUUAUUUGAGUCCAGUAAAACAACUGUACCACUGGUGUGGCUUUUUUAUGACUACUUUGAGCCUCAGACUUCAUUUUCCUUCUUAAAUGUUCUUUUAGCCAUGUCAGUAACUACCCUUUCUUCAAAAAUUGAUGAAUCUUCAGGUGGUGGUUGAUUUUUUAAAGUAACAGUUGGUACAGUGCUGGGCAUGUCAUAGGCACUAAGGUAUAUUGUUUAACUGUAUCUUGGUUAAACAGAAAGUUAAGACACCCCUUGGCAUGUCAUGAAAUUGGGCUGCAUAAUGCCAAGUGGGCUUGUGGGGAUAAAACUCAUUUCUUGUCCUUUUAGGAAAAAUGAUUUAUUUUAGAGUGUUACUAUAGCACUUCCCAUAUUGUAGAUGGCUUUUUUUUUUUUUUUUCAAGGAAAUACUUCCUAUUCUCUAGCCCUGUGAUUUGAAUGGAAGCUGCCAUAUUUUUACAGACCUUACCCCCUGGCCACAGCUGAUUAUCCCAAAAAAGACACCUCACUCAAGCUUUGAGAUGUGUAUCUGACUUUAAGACAGGUCAGUCAGAAUCCUUUUCCAGGAUUUUUGGACUUCUCAAGAUAGCCUGUGUUAACUUUUCUAGUGGCAAACUUUGAGAGAUAGGAAGCUCUGGAAUUGGUGGUGACCAUGCCCUCUUCUGUGAAGGAAGUCAGGCAUACAGAAAUGAACUUUAGGAACCAUAUUCAUUGUAGACUUUUUGCACCAUUAAAAAUUUUGAAAACAUGGGAAAUAGAGAUGUAUGGCCAAGUAUUUGUACCUAGUUCCUAAACUGGAAAUUAGCACAAGGUAUACUAUCCAAUACAUCUCUUAAAGCAGGACUCAAGUCUUCUACCAAAUACUAAGUACCUACUCUGUGCCAAAUAGUUACUAUGCAAUUUUCAUUAAUUAUUUAAACAACUAAGUUUAUGUACUAUCAUUAACACCUUUUUUACAGAUAAGGAAAAUUUACUUAAAAUAAUUCAGCCUUUAAGUAUCUCAAUUCAAAAGGUCUGUCUGACUUUAGUCUCAGCUUUUAAUCUAUAAAUUAAGCCCUCUAUAAUAAGGCAAGUGUGAAAUGGAAUGGAAAAACACAGAAUGCCUAGCCCAAACUCAAGGAAUCGGGAAAGGCCUUUAAGAAAGUGAUGUGUAAACUUAGAAUUGAUGAGAAGUGCAUUAUGAGUGAAUUUCAACUCUUAGACCCUACUAAGUAGCAAGGUGCUAAUACUUGAACAGCUUGAGAUAGAUUGAAAAUAAAAGCUUGCUUAGUGUGCAAGAGGUCCUGGGUUCGAUCCCCAGUACCUCCGCUAACAUAUAUACAUACGUAAAGUAGCACAGUGGUUAAGAACAAGGGGUUAAGACUGCCUGACAGGAUCGGCACUAGAGGAAAGCAAACAAGGCUCCUAGAGCACCUCACUAGUCUGUGUCCCAGCCCUGCUCUCUGCGUUCCACCCUGACAGGUUCUGACAUUGCCUAAAUUUUUGUUUGUUUUGGGGGGGAGGGAGGUAAUUAGGUUUAUUUAUUUUUGAUGGAGGUACUGGGGAUUGAACCCAGGACCUCGUGUAUGCUAACACUAUAUCCUCCCCUCUGACAUUGCUUAAAUUGAUUAAUCUCUUGAAAUUUCAGUUUUCCUCAUCUAUAAAAAAGAGAAAUAGUUCUUGACAUAAAACAUUGAAUAUGGUGUCUGGCACAUAAGUGCUAAGUAAAUAUAAACUAUCUAAUUCAGACUAUAUAUUCAGAAUAUAUAGAAUAUCUAAUACACUAUAUGCAAGUUAUUGUGUCCCUUUGAGGAGUAUAUUUCUAUUUCUGUGUAACAAUAUGCUAAGGUGUUUCAGUGAUGCAACAGUAUAAUUUUUUAAAAAGCAAUAACUGAUUUCUAAAACUGCUUCUCAUGUAGAUAAAUCAGUGGCAAGCUUAUCCACAGUUUGAGCUCAAACUGAUUUUAGUUUUCCAAAUUUUUUAGAAUUUAGAAUUUAGCAGAACCUCAGAUACUGCUUCAAUUUCUCCAAACUAGAUGGUCUCAUUUCCCAGCACUAAGUAGGCAGUAACAGCUUUUCUCUCUAUCUCAAACACCUAAUAAUUUAUAGUAUUCAUCAUCUUUGAUGGCUUUGUUGCCUAUGUUCUCAUUGUCUUCCCCUUCUUACCUAUUAAUGUUUUCAUGUAAUAACAUUUCUAGUUCUCUCCUUUUGCUCUUUUCAAACAUGCUACCAAAUUCCCAACUUCUAAUAAAAGUUUUUAAAAGUC